UUUCUUAUAAGUCAUCGAUGAGCCAACCAGGCUUCCGUACAUAUCAAGUAUUUGUUAACCUCAGAUGCUUAAAAAAGUUAACUUUCAAAAUAAAAUUUUAGGUAGUAUCUAUCAAAAUAUAAAAAACAAUAUGAGUACAUCAAACCGACCAGUUGAAAAUUCAAUGAAAAAAAAAUUGGAACAAGGUCUAGAACCAUCAUAUUUGGAAAUUAUUAAUGAAUCGGCUAUGCACAAUGUACCUAAAGAUUCAGAAUCUCAUUUCAAAGUAGUAGUGGUCUCAGAUAAAUUUAAAGAUGUACCUUUAAUUAAGCGUCAUCGAAUGGUUAAUGAUUUGUUGAAAACUGAAUUGGAAGAAAGUAUCCACGCUUUGUCAAUAGUCCCAAAAACUCCGUCUCAAUGGGAAGAAAGUAACAAAGUUAUCGCGCCUAGUCCAGCGUGUAAAGGAGGAUUUGGUAAAUAAUCAAGUACAAAAUUAUUAAACUUCGGCCGUUGUACAUAUGAAAAUUAUGGAUUUAAUAAAAAACAAGUAUUUUAA